UCAUAUUGACAUCGCUGUGGAGAGAGAAGCAGGCCAACACAGUGACAGAGUAAAGAUGCUGUGGAGUCUUUUGUUCAUCCCUCUGGCUGGUGCACACAUAUGUCUAUCCGAUAACGAACUCACCAACAAACCUGAGUAUGACUGGAUUAAUGACCAACCAUCAAACUGGAAAACAACCCCCAUAGAUUAUCCAUACUUUUCUGAAAGGGCUGUUGAUAGAGACAAACUGACCUGUUCUUACAUCCCGGGAAAUCACUGGUGGAGGAUUGACCUGAUGGAUGUCUACAAGAUUUCCUCGAUUGCUAUCUACAACACAUGGUAUCCAAAUAUAUCCGGAGCUCAGAUCCACAUCGGGAACUGCCCUGUGAACGACGGCCUCACCAACAAACUGGUUAAAACCAUCACAGACUUCCAAAUGGACUGCUGGAAUGUGUAUCAGACAAACACUUCAGGCCGCUACAUCACUGUGUCCCUCCCAAGAAAGGAGAAUUUCUAUCUGUGUGAAGUGAGGAUCAACGCCACUAAAGAAGAUUCACCCUUUGUGCUGAUCAAGCAGAAGAAGACUUGGGCAAAUGCCCUGGAGUACUGCAGAGCCAAUCACAUGGACCUGGCUUCCAUCCUUGACGAAGAGGAACAGGCCUUGGCUGAGCUGGAGGUGAAGAAGGCAAACACUGACUUUGUGUGGCUGGGCCUUCACUACACCUGCGUCCUGGAGUUCUGGUUCUGGGUCGCUGAUUAUCCCUUAUGUUUCGAUCACUGGGCUCCAGGCCACAAGAAAGAAGAGUGCGACAUAAGUGUUGCCAUGCAGAAGACAGAGGACCAUCAGUGGUUCAGCAAGUGUGUCUACGACGAGUUUAAUUUCCUUUGUGAAAAGUGAUGGCUUCAGGCCCGGUGAAGCAGCUUUCCAGGUAAAAGUGAUGGAAUGAAGCACCUGCAACAUAAACACGGCUGACAACAAACAUAUGUUAUUUGCUACAGUUCAUUUAAUUAGUUUCUCUCCAUAUUUUAGGACAUGCGUGCACUCUACCUUUGUGAAAUGAGCUUGAAGUUGACUUAAUGCUUCAUAUGUUGUGAUUCAUGAUGCUGUGAUUUGAUGAUUAUCACAUCUAUGAUAUAUAUGCAAAAUAUUUCUCACUACUACUUUACUUUAUUAUAUAUUUGCAGCUUUUUUAAGAGAUCACGUAAUGUAACUUGACACGACAUGCUUUUAAUUCAUGAUGCUGUGAUUUGAUGAUUAUAUGAGGGCAAAAUAUUUGUUACUACUUUUUUACUUGACUUUACAAUACAUUUCUUUUUAUCAUCCUUUUUAAGACAUAACAUGACAUAAUGGAACAUGAUCUAUGAUAUAUUAGAAAUUGACACCUUUCAGGUGCAGACUUGUAUGUUGGAUGAUUUCACAGAAAUAAUCAUUAUCUAUCUAUGAUUUAGGGAAGUUUGAGAGCACAGAAAUGGGUGUGUGUGUAUUUGUAUCACAACUAACAUAUAUAUUUAUAUAUCAACAUUUUAUGUCAUUUUUAAGGUUUAAUCAAGAAUCGAGCUGUAUUUGAAUGUUUGAUGAAUAUUUUUGCAUGUGCAUUGUUUCCUUCUGUUUGAGGACUUUAAAUAAUAAAGUGUGAAAGCUUUGCAUUUGGUGUCUGUCGUGUUUUGAUUUGGUCGUUCUCUUUAACAGUUAUGUCAAAUACAAUGUUAAUAAUUAAAGUAGAUAUUACAUAUGGUGAAUUAACACCAGUCUAGACUGUAAAAGUGUGAUUUCAGCC